AUGCAUCAAGUUAUGAGUUCCUGGAACUGUAAUAAAAGUUUACCACACCAUUGGAAAAGAGGAGUCCCAAUAUUUGAAACUUGGAGAAGAACAACAAAAAGAAUGAGUGCUUCUCUGGUAAACACUCCACAGGGUUUGUUAACCUUCAAUGAUGUGUCUUUGAACUUCUCACUGGAGGAAUGGGAAUGUCUCAAUUUUGCUCAACGGUCAUUGUACAUAGAUGUAAUGUUGGAGAAUUUCAACAAUCUAUUGUUUUUGGAAAAUCAUCUCAUAUGUGGAAGACAUCGGAAGGUCUUAGAUCAAUACACAGAGCGCAAUGUCCAUGAGCAUGUGAAUAUGCAAGAGAAGUCUUAUAAAUGUAAUGAGCUCAGCAAAAUGAUUGAUGAAUCCACCCAAAGUACACCUUAUAAAACUAACCACAGAGAUGCCUCACUUCAAUCCUUAAACCUGAAAAGAUUUAAAACUGGGAAAGCCAGAGAAGUUUCCAAAUAUAAAGACUGUAUCAAGCAUUUAAAUGAGUGCUCUAUAAAUAAUCUACAUCAAGGAAUACACAUAGGGAAGAAAGAAAACAACAAUCCAGAAUUUGAUAAGGGUUUUGUAUCUAAACAUAAACUGAUGCUGAAACCAAACAAUAAUGGUAAGAAGCUUUACAAAUGUAGUCAAUGUGACAAAUGCUUUACUCACAGAUGCAUUCUUAGAAUUCAUCAUAGAACUCAUACGGGAGAGAAACCUUACAAAUGCAGUGAAUGUGACAAAUGCUUUACCCAAAAAUGCAGUCUUCAUAGUCAUCAGAGAAUUCAUAUGGGAGAGAAACCUUACAAAUGUAGUGAAUGUGAUAAAUGCUUUAUCCGACAAGCCUAUCUUAGGAUUCAUCAGAGGAUUCAUACAGGAGAGAAACCUUACAAAUGUAGUGAAUGUGACAAAUGCUUUACUGACAAAAAUAGUCUUAGGAUUCAUGAGAAAAUUCAUACAGGAGAGAAACCUUACAAAUGCAGUGAAUGUGACAAAUACUUUUUUGACAAAAGUAGUCUUAGAAUUCAUCACAGAACUCAUACAGGAGAGAAACCUUACAAAUGCAGUGAAUGUGACAAAUGCUUUACCCAAAUACGCAGUCUUCGUAGCCAUCAGCGAAUUCAUAUUGGAGAGAAACCUUACAAAUGAAAGUGAAUGUGACAAAUGCAUUACCCACAAAUGGAGUCUGCAAUGUCAUCAGCGAAUUCAUAUAGAAGAGAAACCUUACAAAUGCAGUGAAUGUGACAAAUGCUUUAGUGACAAAAGUAAUCUUAGAAUUCAUCAUAGAAUUCAUACAGGAGAGAAACCUUACAAAUGCAGUGAAUGUGACAAAUGCUUUACUGACAAAAGUAGUCUUAGAAUUCAUCACAGAAUCCAUACAGGAGCUAAACCUUACAAAUGCAGUGAAUAUGAGAAAUGCUUUACCCAAAAAUGCAAUCUUCAUACUUGUUAGAGAAUAAAUAAAGAAGAGAAACUCUAAUUGUAUUGAAUGUGACAGUUACUUUAUCCACAGUAGCACUCUUAGGAAUUAUCAGAGUUCAUACAAGAGAGAAAUCACAAAUGCAGUGAAGGAAACAAGUGCUUUGCCCAUAUUAGCUGUCUUAGAAAACAUCAGAGAAUUUUUAUAGUAGUGUAAGUUUAGAAAUUGUAGUGAAUGAAGAAAUCCUUUACCAAGGAUGGACAUUUUAGAAUUAUCCUGAAAAUAUGUACAUGAGAGAAAUGUUUCAAAUGCAGUGGUGGUAUAAACACUUGACUUCUGUCUCUUAUG